AUGCCAAGUCUCUCACAGGAUAUAACAGGCAUUCCCUCCGCAUGGCGUUCGCAUGGCGGUCAUCCUGCAGGAGAGACGGGCAUCCUCGCCGACAUCGGCAGCAAAGGCGUGCACGUGCCGCGGCCCUUCGAGACCGAACUACCGAAGGGCUUCAUGGUCGACGUACUACUGAGCAACGACGAAGACAGCCAUCACGUGGCCGGAUGCGCGUUCUUCAUGCAACCGCCUCGACAUUGGUGGGCGGUACACCGAGGACGCCUUGCCGAGAAGGACGCCUUGAAGCACGUGGCAACCACAAUCGACGCCGUCAAGCACAUCAGGACCGUGCUCAAUGCGAACCCCUGGGCCGACUUCCAGGUGCUAUACAACAAAGCCGAGGGCGGGCCGACGGCAUUCGGCCCGUGGCCGGACAAGGCGGGCAUCAAGCAGUAA